AUGUCUGACACGGAAGAGGCGGCGGAGGAGUACGAGGGGUGAGAGGAGGCAGAGGAAGAGGAGGCAGCGGAAGGGGAGGCCGAAGGGGAGGCCGAAGGCGAGGCGGAGCCUGAGGAGACCCAGGCAGACGAAGACAGACAAGAAGAGGAAGUUAAGGAGGCCGAAGAUGGCCCCGUGGAGGAGUCCAAACCCAAGCCCAGGCCGUUCAUGCCCAACCUGGUGCCGCCCAAGAUCCCCGAUGGAGAGAGAGUGGACUUCGAUGACAUCCACCGGAAGCGCAUGGAGAAGGACCUGAACGAGCUGCAGACGCUGAUCGAGGCGCACUUCGAGAACCGCAAGAAGGAGGAGGAGGAGCUCAUCUCGCUCAAAGACCGGAUUGAGAAGCGGCGGGCGGAGCGGGCCGAGCAGCAGCGCAUCCGGAGCGAGCGGGAGAAGGAGCGGCAGGCCCGGCUGGCGGAGGAGCGCGCCCGGCGGGAGGAGGAGGAGAGCCGGAGGCGGGCGGAGGACGAGGCCCGCAAGAAGAAGGCCCUUUCCAACAUGAUGCACUUCGGAGGCUACAUCCAGAAGCAGGCACAGACGGAGCGGAGAAGUGGGAAGAGGCAGACGGAGAGGGAGAAGAAGAAGAAGAUUCUGGCCGAGAGGAGGAAGGUGCUGGCCAUCGACCACCUGAAUGAAGACCAGCUCAGGGAGAAGGCCAAGGAGCUGUGGCAGACCGUCUACAACCUGGAGGCUGAGAAGUUCGACCUGCAGGAGAAGUUCAAGCAGCAGAAGUACGAGAUCAAUGUUCUCCGAAACAGAAUCAAUGACAACCAGAAAGUCUCCAAGACCCGCGGGAAGGCCAAGGUCACCGGGCGCUGGAAGUAAAGCCCAGACCUGCUCCUCGCUGCGCCUGCGCCCGGCAUGCCCCCAGCUCCGGGGCCCCCGGCGGGGGUGGGGGGCGGCUCCUGCUCGGGUGCCAGGGCGGGCCCAGCUGGACGCCGCCACGCUCGGCUGCCCCACGAGUCCACACCGUGCCCGUAAUAAAAGCCA